AUGUCCUCCAGCCUGACUGCUGGCACAUCUCGCCAAAAGCCACCCUAUGCGUCUGCCAGGAGGAUGUGGAGAAAGAGUUGGGUUUGCCUUUGCAGUCAGAGCAGCUCUAGGAGGGGCUUCUGUUCGUGCAAAAACUACGAGAGGCAUAUCGUGUGGAUUACAAAGAUCUGCAUAUUACAAGUCUUAGGAGCCGCCCAUUGCAGUCAGUACUUCUCCCAGUUCAGUUUCAUUGAUCCGGUAACUUUUAAAGUGGGGAGUUGCUUUACCAUCUGGGGAAAGAGCAUUUGCUGGUUUGAAGUUGGAUUUGUUCACGAAAAGAUUCCAGGCGAGGCAAAGCUGUUUGCAAUUGUGUCGGAUAUCAAAGAAUGCAGGACAGAGGACCUAGUUCUUCAACUCCCUCAAAUGAGGGUUGUCUACAAUAGCCAGGGAAUCGUGGGACUUCCUGGCAUUAGAAGCAAGCCGGUGUUCAUUGUCAGCAUUGAUCCAGAAAGGAAGCAAGUCGCCUCAUGA